AUGGCAUCCAACGUCAAAACUGUGGAUUUGUCCAACACAUCAAGCGCCUACUAUGCCGCUGGCACGGUCACUGAGGAAGGGAGAUUGCUCCACAUCGCUGGUCAACCGGGCUCGACAAAGGAUGGAACGGUCCCGGAUGACUACGAAUCUCAGAUUCAUCUCUCCUUGUUCAACUUGCGGAAAAUCAUUAUCGCAGCAGGGGCUUCUGUUGAAGACAUUGCGAAAUUGAAUAUCUUGAUUGUCAAUUAUGAUGCCGGGAACCGUAAACACACUCGUCAUGUGCAGAAGUUCUUGAGCGGGCAUCGACCUGCCAUCACGCUUAUUCCCGUACAUCAGCUUGCUGUUCCGUCGUGGCUCGUGGAAAUUGAUGCAGUGGUGGCUCUACCCAAACCUCGCCUUCCCCCUGUGCUCCCGCAGGUCACUCAAAAGGUUGAUGUUAUAGUCAUCGGCGCUGGUUUAGCUGGUUUGACAGCGGCAGAGGAAGUUCUUCGAGCUGGGAAGUCGUGCGUGGUCCUCGAAGCCCGUGAUCGCGUUGGAGGCAAAACCUGGAGUACGCAGCUGGACGGUGGCCAGGGCACUGUUGAUCUCGGCGCUGCCUGGAUUAAUAACACCAAUCAAACUCAAAUCUAUGCUCUAGCGAAACGCUUUGGUGCUGAUCUUAUCGAGCAAAAUACUCAAGGAAAUGCCGUACUGCAGGAUUUCGAUGGCUCCUGCUCCCCCUUUCCUUACGGAGAGCUUCCGAACUUUGAUGAGUCCACCCGCUCUCACCUUGCCGAAAUCCGUGAUAUGUGUGAAGCUGACUGUCAGGCUCUUGAUACUUGGAGGCCGAGAGACACUUCUUUGGACUCCCUAACUUUGGAGGCAUACCUCCGUUCUCGCGGUGCCAGCGAAGUUGCCAUUGCUACAGCUUCUAUUUGGACCCGAGCCAUGCUUGGCCAAGACCCUCGUGAUAUAUCCGCUCUCUACUUUCUCAAUUAUUGCAAGUCUGGGGGUGGAUUAUUGCAAAUGCGGUCCGAUCGGAAAGGAGGUGGACAGCAUCUGCGGGUUCGCCAGGGAACUCAAAUCUUUGCUCUCGGGCUCGAGUCCUCGCUGCCAUCAGGAACUGUCAAGCUUUCCAGUCCGGUUCAUUCCAUAACUCAGGAUGAUCAAUCCGUCAAGGUACAUGCUAGCGCAGGUGUCUAUGCUGGUCGCAAAUUGAUCACUACUGUACCAACUCCUGCUUUGAAAAACAUGUCUUUCCACCCAGAGCUACCCCCAGCCAAGAAAGCCUGGAUCCAGUCAACCUCCUAUGGCUACUAUACCAAGGCCAUGCUACAAUUUAAAUCACCGUUCUGGAUCGAGCGGGGAUUCUGUGGACUUGCCCAAUCAUUCAUCGGCCCGGCCAGUGUAGUCCGGGACACGUCAAGCACCGUUGAUCAUAAAUACAUCCUGACCUGCUUCAUGGCUGGAGACCAUGGCCUUUCGUGGUCAAAACUAUCCACAAAGGACCGGGAGGAGGCCUUGCUGAAGCAGCUUGAGCAGUUGUAUGGCGCUCUUGACCUUGCCUCCAUAUUCAUUCAGAUGACUGCUUAUGAUUGGAUUGAUGAUGAGUGGUCCGGUCGAGGUUGUCCAUCGACAGCAUUGAGUCCAGGUGUGCUUGACACGCUGGGUGGGGAUACGCUGCGUGAAAGCUGGAGAAACAUUCAUUUUGCCGGUACUGAGACAGCUGGCGAAUGGAAGGGAUAUAUGGAAGGUGCAGUCAGAAGUGGGCAAAGGGCUGCUAUUGAGGUUCUGAAGGGUCUGGAUGCUGGCAUGGUCGCGCGUCUAUAG